UUCGACGAAGCGCCCGAGGCACGUAAACACACGUCCGAGGGGUAUCAGGUUACUCAAAUUAAUUUGGAUAACUCCAAUAAACUUAAAUGCAUCAAGUAUGAACUUUAUCAUGACAGAAAUUUACCGUUUAGGUAAAAAUAAAUAAAGAAACACUUGACAAUGUGUCGCUUUUGGUGCAUAUAAGGCACGUCACAUAAAAAAAAUUAAGGCACGUCACAUAAAAAUAUAAAACGUUCACUUGUGGAAUAAUAUAACAUUAUUAAAUAAUUUCAAAGGCGUUCGUAUGUGAAAUCGUGUUAAAGUAUGAAAUGAAUGACUCCGCUGUGACGUCGUCAAGCCCGGAUGAAUGAAGGCGGAAAUGAAAAAAAAAAAAACCACGGCUGUCCCGUCCCUCACGUUUCUGGCCCUCUCGACCUCGCACACCACUCCGCCUCCUUUGUUAAAAAAAACGCACACACGCAAGAAAGGGUGGGAGGGGAAGACAAAAAUGAAGUCAAUUAUACAAGUCGCCGGCUUUUCGCGGCUCCCUCCUCUCUCGCUCGGCUCCUCCACAUGCGCCGCGGUGCGCCGUAAAGCCUUCACCCGGACAUCGGCUCCUCUCGCUCGGCCAUGUCGGACGGAGGCUCCGGGGGGACCGCGGACCACCUGGCAGGUGGCAACGCGGAGGAGGACGGGCCGAGCCAAGCGAGCGCGUUGCUGCCUGCCGCCGAGCUGCCGAGGAAGCGCAAGGGUGAUGUGGAGGACACGUUGGACACUCUUGUGCACCAAGGUCUUGACUUCCAAAUGGAUGGGGACCUCAGCAGAUCAGAAGAUGAUCAGCAAGCCAAAAUGAAAUGCUUCCGGCAACCUCACCGGCAGAUUGAGAAGCGGCGGCGAGACAAAAUGAACAACCUCAUCGACGAGUUAGCCACCAUGAUCCCCGCCUGUCAGCCCAUGCCACGGAAACUGGACAAACUCACUGUGCUGCGGAAGGCCGUGCAGCAUCUAAAAGCCCUUAAAGUAGGGUCAGGCAGCACCUUCGCUAAUGCCGCCUGUAAGCCUUCCAUCGUUCCUCAUGAUGACCUCAGGCACCUUUUGCUCAGGGUUGCGGACGGUUUCCUGUUAGUUGUGAGUUGUGACCGAGCGAAAAUUUUGUUUAUCUCGGAAUCCGUCUCCAAGAUCCUCAGCUUUAGCAGGGUGGAGCUGACAGGCCAAAGUCUGUUCGACUUCAUCCACCCCAAAGACAUUAGCAAGGUGAAGGAGCAGCUGUCGUCGUCCGAGCUGAACCCGCACCAGCGCCUCAUCGAUGCUGCCACUGGCGCCCCUGUCCACGCGGACGCCCCCGUCACGGCGUCUCACUUGUCCACGGGAGCCAGGCGCUCCUUCUUCUGCCGUAUGAAGCACAACCGGGGGGAGGGAAAGUACAAGGACAAGCGCACACUGCCCACCGCUUCCAAGAAAGACUCGAGCAGAUACUGUACCCUCCACUGCUCCGGGUACAUGCGCAGCUGGCCCAGGAGCGACCUGGACUCAGAGACCGACGGCGAGAAGGUCACCACGGGCCUCACCUGUCUGGUGACAAUGUGCCGCGUGCAGGCCCACGCGUCCCACCAGCCCCCCAAAGACGUCAAAGUCAAGCCCACCAAGUUUGUGACUCGCUGUGCCAUCGACGGCAAGUUCACUUUUGUAGAGCAACAAGCAACGACUGUCAUUGGUUAUCUCCCGCAAGAAAUUUUGGGCACGUCUUGUUACGAGUACUUCCACCAGGAUGACCUGCAACACCUUUCAGAAAAACACAGGCAAGUUCUGCGCAGCAAAGAGAAGCUGGAGACAAAGUGCUACAAGUUCAAAACAAAACACGGUCCCUACGUUUCACUCCAAAGUCAGUGGUUUAGUUUUACGAACCCGUGGACCAAAGAAGUCGAGUUUGUUGUGUCGUUAAACCGGGUUGUCUCUAGGGGGCCCAGUCACACAAAAGAUGAUGAGGCAGCAGGCGGCGCCAAAGGACCUCAGGAAGAAUCAAAACAGUUACCCAUUAUUCCAGGCCUCACGAGCAACGUGGGCAAAAUGAUCUACGCAGGCAGCAUUGGCACACAAAUUGCCAAUGAACUCAUCGAUUCCUACAGGGCAAACUCGUCUCCUUCCAGCGCUGUGUCCAGUCCGUUUGGUGCAGCCCAGAGUGUGCCAGAAUCCCCACAAGCAAGCAGAAGCCUGUCAAGCCAAGAGGAGGAAGCAGGAAGUUCCUCUGAGUCGAAGACGGAAGCAGUCCCCAGCGCUUCGGAAAGUACAGGCGACCCGUCCCAGCAGGACUUGGACAGCAUGCUGGUGCCGGGCCUGAGCAGCUUUAGCAGCGAUGAAGCGGCCAUGGCGGUUAUCAUGAGCUUAAUAGAGACGGACGUAAACAUGGGCCAGUCGGGGGACUUGGACGACUUACACUGGCCCUUCUGAGCCCCCCCCACUUUCACCUCGCUAUCCAACCCACCACGAGCCCCCAAAAAAGUACACCGAAGGACACGUAGGGUCGAAAAACCAUCCCGACUGUUGAGUUCUUUUUAAGGAAAUGGCACUUGGAGUGAAUCUGUCUUCCGGUGGGAUUGAAAGGCAGAUUCCCCCUCCCCCCUCCCCAUUCUGGCUUGACUAUGGUGAAAUUCAACUGAGGACCUGCAGUGCCGCUAGAUGAACAACUUUUGAUUUUUAUUGAAUUUUUUUUUUUUAACACCAUGGCCAUCACCAAAUGUAUUUUUCUUUCCACCUCGUUUUUGGGUGGAGUCAUUCAAGACUCUUUAUGCAUUGUGCAAAUAUGGACCCGAUGCCUCAGGCCUUAAUUUACAGCCCGGACGCCAUCACGACUGCUCUCCCUGUUAAACUGCAAAGCCAAUUCCAUGCCGUUCAGAAGAUAUCCGAUCGAAUUUUAAUCGGCUAAUAUUUUAGGACCUCUUGGUGGCAUAUUCGUUAUUUAACCCAUUGAGGCGCAGUGGUUACGACAGUGGACAGCUUACCACGUUAUCAGGUUACGGGGUGCAGGAAAGGGUUAAUGUCACAUUUUUAUUGAUUGUCACGGCUAUCUACGGGCUAACGCAUUCAAAAUGUGCCUAGCGGCUCACUGUUUGGCUUUGUACCCGGGGAAAAAAUGUAACGAUCUUUCAAAAAUAUCAUAUAUGAAUUGAAUUGACAAAAAUCGGCAGGCAAAUUUACUGGAUGAUAGUACAAAUAAGAUUUACUUAACUGUUGUGAAAAAAAAAAUUUUUUUACUCCACAUUAGUGGCGUGAAAUGAAUUUGAUGACAUCAUAUUUGGUCCUAAUUGGCUUGGCCCCAGUCCACUUUAUGCUAAUUAAAAUUAGCAAUUCAUAUUUUUUUUCUGCUUGAGCAAAAAUUGUAACGCCAUACACCAAGUUAUUAACCGUACGGUAAUAGCGGCCAAAAUCAAAUCCAAAUCUGUAUGAAAUGGAGCUGAAAAGGGCUUUCGGAGCUGGUCUCAAAGACAAAAUACCAAAUGGUGAAUGUGCUUAAAAGAAUGUUUGGAGCCGCUCUCUGUCAAUGACAUAUCAGUUGACUGUAAAGACGAUGCAGUAUUGUGAAGGUUAUUUGCUGGGCGGUUAGAAGAAUGUUUCCACUUCGAAUGCGUCCAUAACAAAACAAAACAAAACAAAAAUCGGUGAUGUACGGGGGGGGGAAAGACUUGAAAGCCUAAUAUGUAUUUAGUAGGACAUUGUUUACUGAGCGUUUUGUCCCACGCGCAGAUCGCCGGUUGAAAGGCACAUUCUCUGUUGUCUGGAUGCGACUUUCCACUUAUUUAAUACCGUUUGUCUGUUGCCGAAUGUCCCGGUACCCACAACAGCCUUUUGUGAACUCACGCGUCGGCCUAUCUCAACUUUUUUGCUACUGAGAAUAUGCAACAUGGUUCCAUGCACAUUUAUUCACUUGAAAUCCUACCAGAGCACACAAGACGAAAGGAGACAUUCGGGGAUGCGAAA